GCAAAAAAACCUCAAGGAGGAGCUGAAUUCUACGCCGCUCCAUUGGAAUUGAAGGAUGCGAAGAUCGUCACCCUGGAGUAUAGUGUAUUUUUCCCGCAAGCUUUUGAUGGGGGGCAAGCUACCCGGUUUGUAUGGCGGUCGCCAGGGAUGUUCAGGUGGCGAUGCGGCGGUUGACUGCUUCAGCACUCGACCCAUGUGGAGGAAAGACGGUCAAGGAGAGUUAUAUCUAUACGCCCCGAAAGACAAACAAACUGAUUCGCUAUGCAACGAUCCUAAAUCCGUAUGCGAUGUUAGGUGGAAUACUCAAACGAGCAAACCAAGAAGUGGUCAUCUCAGAGGAAACAGAUGGCAAACAGCAAUCUCUUCACCUUGCUUGGAUUGUGGAAUAAGGCUGGAAAAAAAUUGUGACCAAGUACUUCUAAUCAAUUCACCUGUCGUCAGAUACUGUAGAUCAAAACAGAAUAGCAGCAAGAUAAGAAUGUGUGUAUAGAAGUACCAGAUGGGAUUGUUUUGAAGAGUUUGUGAAGGUGUGAGACUCCGUAUCGGCUAGUGUUUUAAAGCUCUUUUCUGCGGAACUGAGAGCAUUUACAUAUAGAGAAUAAAUACCAUAUUGCAUAGCACUCUGUAUGCCAUGUUACCACCCACUAACGUCGCUCGCGAACCUUGGUCCAAACAACACCAAUCACAGACAACCCAAACCCGGCAAUGAACGCAA